CAGUGGCGAGUAGACGUGUUUUUCACAGAGCGACAAAAAUCUCAAAUAUCACUAUGAAAAGACAAAGAUCUUCCGAGAGAAAGAGCAAGAGUGUGUCUAAGAGGCGCCGUAUAGACGUCUCUUCAGAUGACAGUCGUCAGUGGUACGAGGUGAUGCUUGCCUUGGCGGCCAAAUCAGCUUGCAAACAAGUCUUUACUUCUGCUGCUCACGAAUGGAGAGAGCACAUUAAAGACUGGUAUGAGUUGACACAUGCCAUCAACAAGUCUGAGGAGCGUAGGGAGCUACCUACCAUACCUCAACCUACACAUCAGAUGGAGUGGUUGGCGAGAGUCAAUUUUGAGCACAGAUCCAUGCGUCGUAACAUACCACAACAGAGCUCGAGACGUCAUAAAGUCUCCAAGAAACAAGACCUAGAUUCCUCUUUUUACGUCUACUAGAGAGGAGACUGAUUUUAGCCUGGGCGCAAAUAUACAUGUAGUUUGCAAGAAUCAGAGACAUAAUGACCGUCAAACCAUCAUAGUACCAUGCACUGGCUGUGCUUGUACUAGUGUUUUGUACAACACGCAUCUUUUCUUUCGCAUUAAUGUGGAUCUAUGUGUGUGACUAUACAUAAUAUUUUUAUAUGACCAUCUCAGUGCCACUGUGCUCAGGCUGUGAUCAGCGCUAUACCCCUUUUCUGCAUUGCAUUGUUGCAGGGCUCUGGGUGUGACUGUUCAUAGGCAAUGUUACAUAAAUCACAUUUGCUGCAUGCUUUGCGGAUGUUUUUCCCCUUAUUUGACAAAGUUUUAUUUGCCUUAAUAUGGUUAGACUCACCAUUAUUAUUUUUUGGUUUCUUUUGUAAAAAUAGUGAUGGACAUUGAGAGAGACAGAGAGAGAUGCAUGGUUUCUCAUAGACUUGUUUAUUACUAUGCUUUUUUGUAUAUAGUACUUGCAUGAUGUUUUUGUUGUCAAA